AUGCAUUGUGUCCGGGCGAGGCAACCCGCGGCCACUCUUCGGCGUGCGCGUGCUCGAGUUCCUGGCGUCCCAGCAAGCGACACCGGAAGAGGUCGAGGAGAAUUGGUUAAAACCCGACGAGGAGCUCCUGUGGCGCGCAGUCCUACCCCUGGACGAAGAAACAGUCGAGCUUAUCACCACGCAGGAGCGGUUCGCCGGGAACGCAGAAAAACAACAAAGCCCGUUCUUCGGGCCGGGCGACUGCUUUUCCGAGGGGCCCUGGGGUGUGCUAGCCGGUCGCUUUCUCGGCUCCCGGGCGGAUUGCAAGUGGGCCGAGAGUGGAGAGGAGCAGCUUAUGCCGAGGAACGACGUAGAGACGAGGCGGCACCAGAGGAUUCUGCGGGAUGCGGAGGACGAGGCGGCUCGCAGAGGGUUGGCGGGGAGGGCGCGAGACCGGGAAAUCAACCGGCUCGUGAGGCGACAAGAACGGAGGAGGUAUGA